CUGACCAAUCAGCUGGACGCUAGCAAGCACACAACCUAACAUGCUGACUAGCAAGCUAGCUCUCGGCUCAUCUCAACAUCUCGUCUCCAGCUCAGUCAGAAGCAGCGAGAGGAAGCGGAGGACAGCAGAGCAGAUGAGGUCCAUGAUUUAUACUAAAAUGAGUUGGAGCCGGGCCUUCCUUACCUGCUGGGUUCUGCUCCUGGUCCAGCCGCUGUGUUUAGAUGCGGUCCCCAUCAGUAUAGACAAAACAAAAGUCAAAGAGCCGGAGAAGGCUCCGGAAGAGCCUCCAGCGAAUGUGGACACUGGACUCCACUAUGACCGCUACCUCAGAGAAGUAAUCGAUUUUCUAGAGAAAGAUCAGCAUUUCAGAGAAAAGCUCCACAACACAGACAUGGAAGACAUUAAGCAAGGUAAGCUGGCCAAAGAGUUGGACUUUGUCAGCCAUCAUGUCAGAACAAAACUAGACGAGUUGAAAAGGCAGGAGGUCAGCCGACUGCGGACGCUGAUUAAGGCCAAGCAGGAUCUUGAAGGAGGGAAUGACAUUGCAGUAGACCACCAGGCUCUGCUCAAACAGUUUGAGUACGUGAACCACAUGAACCCGCACACAUUUGAAGUGGAUGACCUGGAUCGCCUCAUCAAAUCGGCAACUAAAGACCUGGAGAACUAUGACAAGGAGAGACAUGAGGAGUUCAAGAAGUAUGAAAUGAUGAAAGAGCAUGACAGACGGGAACACCUGAAAACACUGGAUGAGCAGGAAAGACAGAAAGAAGAGGAGCACUAUGAAGAGAUGAGAAAGAAGCAUGCGGACCAUCCUAAAGUCAACCACCCGGGUAGCCAGAAUCAGCUGAAGGAGGUGUGGGAGGAAGCUGAUGGUUUAGACCCUGAGGAUUUUGACCCGAAGACCUUCUUCAACCUGCAUGAUACCAAUGGAGAUGGCUUCUUUGAUGAGCAGGAGCUGGAGGCGUUGUUCACCAAAGAGCUGGAAAAAAUUUAUGACCCCACUAACGAAGAAGACGAUAUGGUGGAGAUGGAGGAGGAGAGGCUACGUAUGAGGGAGCAUGUAAUGAAUGAGGUGGAUUCUAACAAAGAUCGUCUGGUCUCUUUAGACGAGUUCCUGGUAGCCACAAAGAAAAAAGAAUUCUUGGAGCCAGAUAGCUGGGAGACCCUGGAGCAGAACCAGGCUUAUACAGAUGAGGAAAUGAGAGAGUUUGAGGAGCAUCUUGCUCAGCAAGAACAGGACCUCAACCUUAAGGCUGUUGACCUCCAGAAACAGAGGGACGAGCUGGAGAGGCAGCAACAGGAGCUGAACGCACAGAAAAUAGAGCUGCAGCAGGCAGUGGAACAUAUGGAACGACUAAAGUCACAGAAAGUAGACCCCCCUCCAGAGGUUCACGUUGAAGGGAAUGCUGUCCCUGAGGCACAUGAAGUUGACAACCAGUUACAUGCUCAACAAGAUCCCCAAGUACAAGGGCAUCAAGCUGCACCCCAAGUCCCAGAAGUCCCACAAGAUACAGCUCAGGAUCACAAUGAACAUCACAAUCAGAACUUGGCACAACAAGGCGUGCCCCAGACACACCAAGAUCUACCACCAGGCCAUCACCAAGCUGCACAAGACCAGCAUAGCCUGCCAUAAACGUGAUGACAGAACUUCACAACCAGACAGCUGCAGAACCUCCACUGCACGUAGAGGAGCCGUCCCACCUGAAUAUAAGACCUCUUUAACCAGCAUGACCCACAUUAGAGGUUUGAAGUACACAGAUGUAAUAAGUGUAACCUUUGAAUUACAAUACGAAAUAACAAUAUGACCCUCUGUGGAUGUGUGUCAUAGGUACAUUUUCAAAGAAUUGUGUUUGAUUUUUUAAUACAAUCAAACAGUAAUAUAGUUUUGGUUAAGCUGUUUACCCUUUCAAAGCACAGAACCUGAAAAUGUGCCAUGUUGGUAGCUCCACCGCCUGAAAGAGCCUGUUGGAUUUGUAUAGUGCAGCUGUUUGGAAGCAUAAGGAGAUUUUUAUUUUAGCUUUAACAUUUUGUUUCUUUGACAUGGUUGUUGAGAUGCCCCCCUCUAAAAGAAAAUGUGUCUGUGACCUGUGGUGGAUCGUGUUUCAUAUGACUGUUUCAAACACUUAAGAAAUUGAGUGAAAGAGACAUUUUUAAGAUUUUUUAUGACAGAAAUAGCAAAGGCUGCACUCGAUGUAACAUACAGAAUAUCCAUUUCCUUCUCAGACGAGUUCACUGAAAAAGGGAAAGACGUAAGGUAAAGCUCAUCCACAAACUAUGGCAGGCCUUUAUAGGAAACGUUCAUCUCCACCUUCCACUGUGACCCCAUGUUAUAACUAUAACUAGAGAUACCAUCAUGAAGCCGGUCACACAGUCAAAAUCUUUGUGAAGAAAUCAUUUUUUCUACUUUCUUAAUGGUCAUCGCUGUAAAUUGUUAACCUACCAUGAAGCAUCGCGUUCCAUAUUUACAGAUUUUUCAAAUGUUCUUAAUUGUAAAACUGAAAAUAUGUGCUCUGCCUAAAAACACAUUGUGUAUUAUGCUGGUCGUUUUGGGGCCAAGCUGCAAGUGCUCUCUGCUGGCUUUAAUGUUACAAUAAAGGUGCUAGGUUGGAAAUAUAAUGUCAAAUUCCUCGAAACAACAGAUUUACUCAUAAUCAAAGACCUGCAGACUCUUCAAUGGAAACGAUCUUCAAACACCCUGCUCUCCACACAGAGGGUUGAACCUCUGAAACUGUUUGCAUUGUCACACAGUAUAGUUGGCAAUUGUAUGUUGGUUUUGUCAUACACAGAUGUGUAUGUGCUGUGUUUGUUUAUGAGUUGAUUGCAAGUGAUCAUUUUUGGUUUAACUGAAGUUAAUUUUCAGUUAAACUGUACACUUGUUUCAUAUUUUUUCAUCACAAACAUCAGAUUACUUAUUUGAAACAACUGCAGGAUUUGUUAAAUGUUUUCUUGAUUGAAGUUUGCUUAUGAAAGUAGUUCGUUUAAAAAAAAAAAGUAAGAAUCUGUCCUAGUGUAAUAUUUUCAAACUGUUUGAAUUUGGUUUCUUUACGUUAAGUUCACAUUUUAUUUGCCGCUGGAUGUAUUAUUUGAUCCCAAAUAGAAAAUCUUGGCUUCUUUCUCCCACACAUUGUUGGUUUGGUUUAUUACUGUGCUGUUGGGGUUUAUAGAAUAUUAUCGCCAUGGUACUCAGGUGUUAUUGAUUUAAUGGCACCUUUUGCUGAAGACGACUUUCUUUGAGUAGACUCAUCGCUGCCUUACUGUGGUUUUAUUUUAUACAAAAUUUAGACAUGGAAUAAUUUUUAUUUUAUUUUUUUGUGGUGUGCCAUGUGUUCCUCUGAAACAAGACUGCAUUAUUCUUUGCACAAAAUGUACAGGUGGUGUUUUUGGUCGCUUGCUGCUGGAUACAAGAGUCAUUUGACAACUGUACAUCUCAGUUCAACAUAAUAAAACGGUUUAUCUUUCA